CUUCAUCUUUCCUAUUUUUCUUUUUACUUUUCUUGUCCUCAUCCCUUAUUUUUAACGGUCUUGGAUUGUUCUGGGAGACAACGCAUUGUCUUUGUCUUUUUUCUCUAUCUCGAUCUUACCUUUGCGACUUAUGAUAAGUGACCAGUCUCGCAUUGUAAGCAUUUAAAAAUGGCUGCACGACCGACGCUUUUCACGAGGGGGCUUUCGUCGCUUUCCCAGAGCACCGAUGCCAACUCCCCGAAUGUCAGCUCGCCCGCCGAACAACGAGACGAUGCGAAGCGCAACUUAUUCAAGACUAUGCGCCCGCUGCCAACCCAACACUAUUGGAAUGUCUACUUUGACAGACAAGCAAAGGAGCAGAAGAAGGAAGACGAGAGCAAUUACCAGGCGUCAUUAGAACAGUUGGGAACACAGAUCGAAUCCGUCCAAGACUUCUGGCGAUACAACAACAAUACCCCGGUCGACCAGAUCAAGAUGCGCGAAUCUAUCUACCUAUUCAAGAGCGGGUUCCGACCUAUCUGGGAAGACCGUCGUAAUGUAUUGGGUGGUAGUUGGACAUUCCGCGUACCCAAGAGCUCAGGGCCGGACUUUUGGACUCGAAUCCAAUUGAUGGCGAUCGGUGAGAAGCUACAAGAGGCGUUGGAAGAAGGCGACCAAAUUUGUGGUGUCGGCCUAUCUGUGCGAUUCAACUCCCACCUCAUCUCGAUCUGGCACCGCGACGCGUCGAAGCAGAAGUCUAUUGAUGGCAUGCUACAAGCUGUUCUCGAUGACUUACCUCCCGAGCUAACCCCAAAGUCCGAUAAUUACUUUUACAAGAAGCACUCAGACCACCCAGGCUUUAACCCGCCACCUGAGCUACAGGCUGUCCUCGACUCUCGGAAGAGAGCUGAGGAAGCUGCUGCUGCUAACAAGAAUGCUAACGUUACCGUUACGCCGGCUGAGUAGAUGUGCUUAUUCAAAAUGGAAAAUGAAAUAUUACGACGUAUGGAAGCAGAAAGAAUUGGAUUAUCAGCAAAUAGCGGAACUAUUCGGUUUAUGACCACCUUUUAACGAUUCGCAGAGUGUAUUUAC